CGCCACAACUGAUGAGAAAACAUGGAUCCAGCGAAGAAUUCGACCAUCUUAUGCUUCGUGGCAGGCUGCCUUUAAUUUCCUUUUUCUCUCAUUCCUUCUUUUCUUUUUGCCUGUUUGGUGAAAAGCAAUUAUGAAGGGUCGUAAGAAAACAAAUAGUGAUAGUAAGAUUGUAGGGAAGACAAAAUCAAUCUUUUUCUUCUUCAAUCCUUUUAGCCUUGCUGACGGAGUGGAUAUAUUGCUGAUGAGUAUCGGCUUCUUAGCGGCGGUCGGCGAGGGGCUUUCCAGUCAGAUCACGCUUCUCAUCACGGGCAUGUUGUUGAACAAUAUUGGCGGCGGCGCAAAUGCUUCAUCCACCGGCGGUGUUAUUGACUCUUCCCUCAUGAGCCAGAAUGCGUUGUAUUUGUGCUACAUGGCAUGCGCCCAGUGGUUGCUUUGCUUUCUCGAGGGGUAUUGUUGGACAAGGACGGCGGAGAGGCAAGCCUCACGGCUAAGGUUAGAGUACAUGAAAGCAGUGCUGAGACAAGAUGUGGCCUACUUUGAUUUGCUGAAGACAAACACAUCCGAUGUUAUCACAACUCUCUCAAGCGAUAGCCUUAUUAUUCAAGAUGUUAUCAGCGAAAAGGUACCAGUGUUUGUUGCAAACAUAUCAACAUUUAUUGGGGCUUAUUUGGUUUCAUUCAUAAUGCUAUGGAGGCUAGCUGUGGUUGCACUUCCAUCUGUGUUGCUUUUGGUGAUUCCAGGCUUUAUGUAUGGGAGAACACUUGCAGCAAUAGCAAAAAAGAUGAGAGUUGAGUACAGCAAAGCUGGUAACAUUGUGGAACAAGCCCUCUCUUCCAUCAGAACAGUUUACUCAUUUGUGGGUGAAAGUAAAACCAUUGAGAAUUACUCCAAGGCUCUCCAAGGGACGGUAAAACUUGGCCUAAGGCAAGGCCUAUCAAAAGGCCUUGCCGUUGGGAGUAACGGCGUGGUUUACGCAAUAUGGUCUUACAUGUCAUAUUACAACAGCCGAUUGAUCAUGUAUCACGGCGUUCGGGGUGGCACUGCUUUUGCCGUUGGCGCUGCAAUAACAACUGGUGGAUUGGCAUUUGGAUCAAGCUUGUCCAAUGUGAAGUACUUCUCAGAGGCAAGUGCAGCAUGUGAACGAAUGAUGGAAGUUAUAAAAAGAGAGCCAAAGAUUGACUCAAACAACAUGGAUGGACACAUAAUGGACCAUGUUUCAGGCGAAGUUGAAUUCAAGCAUGUCGAGUUUGCAUAUCCAUCUAGACCUGAAACCGUGAUCCUAAAAAACUUCAACUUAAGAAUUCCAGCUGGCAAGAAAAUGGCACUUGUCGGAGGUAGCGGGUCCGGGAAGUCAACAACGGUCGCGUUGUUGCAGAGGUUUUAUGAUCCACUUCGAGGAGAGGUUCUUCUUGAUGGAAUAUCUCUUGAUAAGAUCAAUCUGAAAUGGCUAAGGUCACAAAUGGGAUUAGUGAGCCAAGAGCCUUCUCUGUUUGCCACUACAAUUAAAGAAAACAUAAUAUUUGGGAAGGAGGAUGCAUCCAUGGAAGAUGUCAUUGAGGCUGCAAAAGCUGCUAAUGCUCACAACUUCAUCUCCCAGUUGCAUCAGGGCUAUGAUACCCAGGUAGGAGAGAAAGGGGUCCAAAUGUCUGGAGGGCAAAAGCAGAGGAUAGCAAUAGCGAGAGCCAUAAUUAGAGCACCAAAAAUAUUCCUUCUUGACGAGGCCACAAGUGCACUUGACCUGGAAUCUGAAAGGUUAGUCCAAGAAGCUCUAGACAAAGUUGCCUUAGGGCGCACCACAAUCAUCAUAGCCCACCGUCUCUCUACCAUCAGAAAUGUAGACCUUAUAUCAGUUGUACAAAAUGGUCAAGUUAAGGAGAUUGGCUCGCAUUCCAAUCUUAUUGAAAAUGAAAAUAGUAUCUACAGCUCUCUUGUUCGCCAACAAAUACCAAUAUCCCAAGACAUUUCGAGCGAUCAUCACAUUAUUACUACCAACAAAGAAUUAGUAGUAGGACCGCCAUUAUCUAUCACAAGUAUGGAUUUGCAAAGAGGCUGUGCCAAAUUUGAAGACAAAGGGUUACCUCAAGCCCCAUCAUUUAGACGUCUUCUUGCGUUGAAUUUGCCAGAGUGGAAGCAAGCAACAUUGGGAUCUAUAGGGGCAAUGUUAUUUGGUGCAGUUCAACCGACGUAUGGAUUUGUGUUGGGGGCAAUGCUAUCUGUAUUUUUCCUACCCACCCAUGCUGAGAUUAAGGAAAAGAUCACAAUUUACUCAUUGUGUUUUUUGGGUUUAUCUGUUCUGGCUAUCUUGCUCAGUAUAGUGCAGCAUUACAAUUUUGCGAUCAUGGGGGAGUACUUAACCAAGAGGAUGAGAGUGAAAAUAUUAUCCAAGAUUCUUACUUUUGAAAUCGGAUGGUAUGACAAGGAUAACAACUCCACUGGUGCAAUUUGCUCUAGACUUGCUACAGAUGCCAAUGUGGUUAGAUCUUUGGUAGGUGAUCGAAUGGCUCUACUUAUUCAAACAUGCUCAUCCGUAAUUGUAUCUUGCACGCUUAGCCUAGUUAUUGCAUGGAGGCUUGCAUUGCUGAUGAUGGCUGCACAACCCGCCAUUAUAAUGGGAUUUUACUACAGACGUGUUUUCUUAAAGAAUAUGUCACAGAAAGCUGCGCAAGCUCAAGGUGAAAGCAGUAAAAUCGCAGUAGAGGCUGUUACUAAUGUCCGAACGGUGACAUCAUUUUCAUCCCAAGCCAAGAUUCUCCAAAUGCUAAAGAAAUCUCAUGAAGGUACAGUUAGAGAUGGUGUUCGACAGUCAUGGUGUGCAGGCAUUGUUCUUGCAAUAUCCACGAGCCUCAUAACCCUCAAUGUAGCUUUGGCUUGGUGGUACGGCGGGAAAUUGGUAGAAAAUGGCCUCAUUCCCGCCAAAUCUCUCUUUCAGACAUUCUUCAUAUUGAUCACCACCAGUCGUGUUAUAGCAGAAGCUGCAACCAUGACCAGCGACCUAGCCAAGGGCUCAAACGCGGUAAGAUCCAUUUUCGCUGUCCUGGACCGAGAAACCCGGAUAGAUCCGGAAGACCCGAACAGCUACAUUCCCGAAAAAGUGGUAGGAAAUGUGGAGAUCCGAGAUGUCCAUUUCACGUACCCGGAAAGGCCCGAUACUUUCAUCUUCAAAGGCUUCUCGAUGGUAAUUCAGGCCGGGAAAGCAACCGCAUUAGUUGGGCCGAGCGGGUCAGGAAAGUCCACAAUAAUAGCCCUAAUCCAGAGGUUUUACGACCCGGUAAAGGGCUCAGUGAGAAUCGACGGCCGAGAUUUAAGAUCCUACAAUCUACGGUCUUUAAGGAAACACAUCGCGCUAGUGAGCCAAGAGCCGGCGCUGUUCGCCGGAACCGUACGGCAGAACAUUACGUACGGAGUCUCCGAAACUGCCAACGAGGCAGAAAUCGUGGCGGCGGCGAAGGCAGCAAACGCCCACGCGUUCAUCGACGCGUUGGAGCACGGAUACGACACGUGGUGCGGCGACAGGGGAGUGCAGCUCUCGGGAGGCCAGAAGCAGCGCGUGGCCAUCGCUCGCGCGGUUUUGAAGAACGCGUCGGUGUUGUUACUGGACGAAGCCACGAGCGCGUUGGACAGUGAAUCUGAGCGGUUGGUUCAAGAAGCGCUGGACCGGAUCAUGAUUGGUCGAACCAGCGUGGUCGUGGCGCACCGGUUGAGCACCAUUCGGAAUUGUGACGUGAUUGCGGUUUUGGACAAGGGAGAACUGGUGGAGGAAGGGACCCACUCCUCAUUGUUGGCUGAAGGCCCGAGUGGGGUUUACUAUUCCUUGCUUAGUCUUCAAAAUCCAGUGUAGUAAAUUAUUUUCUUACAUGUAGCCAUUUAUUAAUGUGAAAAUAAAAAAAAAACAGAAAUUACCCUAAAUAGGAGUAAAAACGUUUUGAAAUUCCAAAAUAGGAGUAUCAUGUUUUUUAUUCCCUAAAUAGGAGUAAUCUGCCAAGUUUGGAAAAAAAUGCCAUGUUUAAAGCCUUGUAAUUUCCAAACUUGGCAGAAAUUUACUCCUAUUUAGGGAAUAAAAACAUGAUACUCCUAUUUUGGAAUUUCAAAACUUUUUUACUCCUAUUUAGGGAAUUCUCUCAAAAAAAAUACAUGCACCACAGUCCACCAAUAUGUAGAUUAUAUUGUGUUCAAGUUUAAAGUAAUAACAUUUCUUUUAAAAGGAUAGUCCUUCAUUGAGAAUGAGAAAAGUAAAAAGUAAAGUGUGAAG